AAUGAAUUAUAGUGACAAUUUUGCUAUAAACAUAAUAGUUUAUACACACUUAUAAUAUAUAUAUAUUUAGUUUUGCCAUAUACCUAAAAUGUACAAAAAUAUUAAACCUCAUUACUUUUCAAUUGAUGCUAUAAUGGCAGCUCAAGAAAAAAUUCCAUGUCGCUUUAUUAAAAAAGUUGAAUCUAUUGGUAAGAUUUUAGAGUUUUUAUUACAUAAUACUAUUGUAAUAUGAUAGUAAAGAUUGAAAAUUAAAAUUCAUAAUGGAGUUGUUAAAUGUAAUAUGUUAAGUUCAUAGGCACUCCAGCAAUUUUCACAAGUUUAUUAUUAUUCUACAGAAUUGAUUUAGUUAUAAUUUAUAUCAUAUAAUAAAUUAUAAAAGUUUGAAUUACCUAUUAUGGAAUGAUAAAAAAAUGUUUUAUAUUGUUAUUAUAUUAUAUUUGUAUUAAAAAUAAAUUAUUGGUUUCUAAUAAUGAUAAUUAUAUAAAUUAAUUUUCUAAAUAUGUUAUUAAGAUUCCUACAAUAUGGGUAAAAUGUACCUGUAAGCCUUUCUUUUUACAAUUGUAUUGGUAUAUACAUAAUAUUUGGUUUGUUUUGAUUACCAGUAUCAAUUUAAAAAUUAUUAUUUUGGAAAAUAACAUUAAAAAAUGAACAUUUUGUGUCAAUCAUUUUUUAUCAGACUUGUUAAAUUUGGUUUAGCAUAUUCAAAUCAAAGUAUAACCAAGUUUUUAUACGUAACAAUUUUAAAGAAAAAACGAUUAUUGUAGAUUUUAUAAUUUAUCAAAUAUAUUUUGUUUUAUAUAGAGUCAUUUUUUUAUCAUGCACCGACAGUUAUAUCAGUGUGAAUUUGAUUUUUGUUUUUUUUUUUUUUUUAUCAUUGUAAGACCAUGCAAGCUUUAUUUAAAAACCAUUUUUAAUUUUUUAACCCCAUUCCAUGUACCUUAAAUAAUUUUAUACUUUUGUUUUUUAAAUAGGACCCCUUUUUGAAUACAGAUUCGAGAAAUAAAUGUAUUCAAAAUAGAGUAUAUUUUUUUAGAAUUUUUUGAUAUGUAUAACCCUAAUAUCUUAUUUAUUGUUUAUGAGUUACAAUCAUUUAUAGUUUAGACUGGAGGAGUAGGGAAGAGUUAUCAAUAUAUAAAAAUAGGUAUGCUAUUUAUUACCCUUUCCUAUUUUUCCAGUCUAAACUUUAAACGGUACAUCUGAUAUUAAUGUUAUAUAUAUCAAAAUUUCUAAAAAUUGAUUCUUUAUUCAUAUCUGUGUUCAUAAAAGGGGUUCUAUUUGAAAAACAAGAGUAUAUACUUAUAUGGAGUGGGAGUAAAAAAUUUAAAAUGGUUUUAUAGUAAAUCUUAACUGAUUCUAUAAUGGUUAAAAAAAAACAGACAUCAAAUACACUUAAAAUCCUUUGAACAAAUUUUUGGUUCAUGAAAAAAAAAUUACUGUAUAUAUAUAAUAUCUAUGUAUAGGUUUUUUGGAUUCAAGUAUUCCUGAAAAAGAAGAUGAUGAAUCAGAUCCAAAAAUAGAACUUCCUUUUUGGAUGGUUAAAGUAUUUUUAAUAGAAAAAUCUAUACAGUUUGAUAUGCCAAAAGCGUAUAAUGAAAUUUACAGGUAAUAUAACAUGCUUUUAAGCAUUAUAUGUUUGGCAGCAGUGGAAAAGUAUUGUGAAAACACAUCUCUCACUGCUGUCAGUUAUAACACGAAAAAUAAAAAUUGUUACAUUUUAAAUGUAUUCAUUUUUAAGAUUUUUACUUUCAGAGGAGUCUUAAUGGCUGAUGCAAAUGUAGUAGAUUUAUUUAAAUUAUGUAAACAUUUUUAUUUGUUUGGAAAAUUUUUAUCUCAAUUAGAACAUAGAGAAGCAUAUGAAGUGCGAAAAAUACUAAUUCAAGUAAUAACAAACAUCAUUAUCUUAAACAAGUGUUCCCAACCUGUGAUCCACUGUGCCAAAGAUUUUUUACUAAAAAAAUAAGAAUAAAUUAUGGGGAAAAAUCAUGUACUGGGCAAUAUCAUUUAAUAUUUAAUUCUAGGGAAUUUUUGUAUUUUUCUAAUGUAUAAAUAUUCUUAGAUAAAAUAAAAAACAUAUGGUUAGCACUGUGAUAUUUUUAGGCGUGGUCCAGCAAUUUUCUCGGAGUAUUCCAGGUAAAUUUGUUAUAUUUGAUAUCUAUAUUAUAUUAUCUCAAUUUGUUAUUACCCUAUAAUAGUGUAUAAUCUACAUGUUUCUAAAUUUCCAAUUACAAUAAUAUGUUACCAAUGUAAAUUGUGUUCCACAUUUUAUUUUUAUUUUUUGUAAUGUUUUCUAAGGUUAAUUACAUUAUAAAACGAACGAAUGGAUAAUUUUAUUAUAGCUUUACCCUUGUAAUGAAAGUUUUUAAUGCCACUGUUUGUAGUGUCAAGAAGGUUGGGAAACACUGAUUUAAAAACAAAAAUUUGUUUAUAUUGGUUAUUAAUUAUAUUGUUUAUUUUCUUUACUUAGACAUUUAUAGAUCGAUUCAAACAAACUAUGGAUUGGGCCCAAAAUAUUAAUGAUAAUCUACCAUGUUUUGAUAGACUUGAUUGUCUCGAAAGGUUAAUAUUUAAUGAUGCUCGAGUGGCACAACAACAGUUAAAUACAUACUUAACAGACGGAUCUGGUCAAAUGGAAAUUGCUGCAAUGAUAUUGAAUUAUAAAAAACGAAAGAUGAAUGAAAAUCGUAUUCUGGAAUGAAAUAAUUUGUUUUACCCAUACAUUAAAUACGUUUAAUAUUUUUACCAAGUUUAUAUUAAUAAAACAAAUUUAAUUAUAAAUAGGCUCCUUAAUUGAUUUGUUAAAAUUUAAUUAUUAUUAUCUAU